ACUUCUUCUCCUCGACAUCCCCCUCCCUCCCUUCCCAUUUCCACCGCCACGAUGUCAACACUCGUUCAAAUCACCUCCAAGGAGCAAUUCAGCUCCCUCCUGACAUCUUCUGUCUUUGUCGUGGCCGACUUCUACGCAGAUUGGUGCGGACCAUGCAAAGCCAUCGCCCCCGCCUACGAAAAGCUGGCCGCGCAGCUCUCGCGCCCAAACCGGAUCACAUUCACCAAGAUCAACGUUGACCACCAGCAGGACAUAGCCAAGGCGUAUAGCAUUACGGCAAUGCCCACCUUCAUCGUCUUCCAACGCGGCCGCCCCGUCAACACCGUCCGCGGCGCCGACCCGCAGAAACUCUCCGAAGCCGUCCGCAAGCUCGCCUCCGAAGCGACCAAGAGCGACGAGACGCCCGGCGAGCCCGCCUCGUCCGGCGAAACGACCUCCGGCGUCGGCUGGGUCGGCGCCGCCGUGCCCAAAGGCUACCCGGACAUCUCGGACCAGUACGACCCCAAGGGCCUGGAGCUGCUGAACCGCGACAGCGAGUACGGGGUCGCGCGCACGCUGUUCGAUCCCUCGAAGCCGUCGGCGCUGGGUGCCAAGGGCAAGACGGCCGCCGCGGACUGGGUCGAGAGCGACACGGACGAGCAGCUGAUGCUGUUCGUGCCGUUCCAGAGCACGGUCAAGGUGCACUCGUUGCAGAUCACGUCGUUGGUGCCGGGUGAGGGCGAGGAUGGGUACGAGGACCGCGACGAGGAUGAGCGCCCCAUGCGUCCGAAGACGCUGCACCUGUAUACGAACCGGUCGCAUGUGCUGGGCUUCGACGAGGCGGAGGAUAUCCCCGCCGUGCAGACGGUGACGAUCCAGCCCGGUGACUACGAUGCGAAGACGGGCACGGCCAAGGUCGAUCUGCGGUUCGUCAAGUUCCAGAGCGUCACGUCGCUGGUGCUGUUCUUUGUGGAUGGCGACGGGGACAGCGAGAAGUUGCGGGUGGAUCGCGUGCGCAUCUUCGGCGAGACUGGCGAGAAGAGAGAGAUGGGCAAGCUGGAGAAGAUUGGCGAUGAGCCUGGCGAGUAAAUUUGAUUUGGUUUGUUGCGUUUAUGAUAGACUCGACAGGUAGAUACCUAUUCAUGCAUGCGAUUUGAGUCAGAUACUCCCAGCAGACAGAGACAGAUAACUCUU